AUGACUCCUAACCGACAGUCCUCGUCGAAACAGCACCCUGCACAAACACAGCCCCAGCGAAUCGUAAAGGUCGCCGUGGUCGGUUCGGGACUUGCCGGGCUGACCGCGUCUUACUUGCUCGCCACCCUCAACACACGCUGCGACGUCGAAUAUCCUGGAGGGAACGAUGUCGAGUUUGAAGUGCAUGUCUUCGAGCAGGCAUCGUCGCUGGGCAUGGAUUCGCACUCGGUGUCGUUCACCCGAGGCGGCGAGGAGUGGCGCGUGGACGUACCGAUGCGAUCAUUCCAAGGCGGCUAUUACCCCCAACUCAUAGCGCUCUACGCCCAUCUCGGUGUACGCACGCGACAAACGGACUUCUCAUACUCCUUCUCCACGCUAUCCACUACUGCGGGUGCCGAGAAGGGUCUGAAGCCCGAAUACAAUCCACACUUCAUAUACGAUGGUGCGAGCGGUCGGCAAGGGCUCUCGAUCCCCACCGCCGAUGUCCGUCAUGCGCAAGGCUUCGGCCGCCUAUUCGCGUGGAUCUCAUCCAUCCUGCAUACGCUACUCAUCCUCGGUCUCUUCCUCCGCUUCCUCGUACUCAGCGCACCCUUCCUACGACCCGCGCCAUCUGUGACCUGGGAGGAAUGGGCUGCACAGAGUGCACCUCGCGGACCCUUGGCUCGCUGGACUGGCCUCACUCGCGCGUGGGAUGAGUUCUUGGCGCAUCUUUGCAUCCCGAUAUUCUCUGCAGUGUGCACUGCGAGCGCGGACGAUGUGAGAAUGCAUCCAGCAGAGGAGUUCCUAGAAUUCAAUUGGAAGACCUUUGGCACGCACCAUUACGUCGUCGCAGACGGCGUCAGGGAUGUCGUUGCACGCUUGAGUGCACCUCUUGAGUUGAAGAAUGUCCACCUGGACUCGCCCGUCACGUCGCUGAAGCCUGACGAGCACGGCGAUGGACUUGUGGACAUUCAAUGUGGCCAAUCCGUGUAUCGCGGCUUCGCUCAUGUUAUCCUCGCAACACCGGCAAAUCGCGCGGCUCCUUUGGUCCAGACCUACGCCGAGCAACUCGCUCGGAUACGUUCGACAUCCGCGAGGCGUACAACAGAAUUCGCAGCAUGCCUCAGCCGUGUAGCGUAUCGCGAGAGUAUCGUGGUUAACCAUACAGAUCCUGCUUUCCUACCCAACGAUGCACAAGACAGGCGAGAUCUCAACAUGGUCACUGUAGCACCAGAAGCACGGCACACCUUCAGCGAGAAACACAGUCCGCUUGUUGUCGCGCCAUCCUAUACCAUGACAACACAUCGCCUUCCACGCCCGGAAGGCCGACGAACCUCGCCUACGUCCGUGGAUGAGGCUAUCUACCAGACCACGAACCCCGUCAUACCGCCAUCCCCAGAUCGCGUUUUAUCCGUAUCACGCUUGGAGCGAGCUUUGUUGACGGUUGACGGCAAAGCCGCUGUACGUGAACUCUAUGGCCCGAUGGGUUUACAAGGAUCCGCACGACGAGAGCUGGGCGUAGGAGCAGCCGGUAUCUGGGCUGUAGGAGCGUAUGCUGCCGGAGGCAUACCGUUAUUGGAGGGCUGUGUGGAGAGUGCACUGGCCGUCACCGUCGGCGAGAACGGUAUCUUCGCGGCGGAAGGAGGCAUGGUGCAUGGGACUCUCUGGUAG